AAGUCCGCGCUUCAGGUCCCGCCCACCUUCGCUGGCGGGAGCUCUGUUUGGCGUUACCAUGGAGCUUGCCCAGGCCAGAGGACGCUGCUUGUCGCCGGGGCAACCGGGAAGGACAAAGCUUGUCCGAGCUGGCCGCGGCCACACCGGCAGCGAUGGUGUCUAACCCUGUGCAUGGCCUGCCCUUUCUCCCGGGCACGUCCUUUAAGGACCCCACGAAAACAUCUUUCCAUAGAAGCCAGACAUUGGGCUACAGGAACGGCUAUGCAGUUGUUCGACGUCCAACAGUUGGGAUAGGUGGGGAUCGGUUACAGGUCAACCAGCUGUCUCCAGCAGAGCUGGAUGAAUUGGCCAGUAAAGCACCAGUUCUGACUUAUGGCCAACCUAAGCAGGCCCCACCUGCAGAAUUCAUUCCAGCACAUGUAGCUUUUGACAAAAAGGUGCUGAAAUUUGAUGCCUAUUUCCAGGAAGAUGUUCCUAUAUCAAGCGAGGAACAUUAUAGAAUCCGUCAAGUGAAAAUUUACUACUAUCUAGAAGAUGAUAGUAUAUCUGUAAUGGAGCCUGUUGUUGAAAACUCUGGCAUCCCUCAAGGCAAGCUAAUCAAACGCCAGCGAAUAGCCAAGAAUGAUGUAGGAGACCAUUAUCAUUGGAAAGACCUAAAUCGAGGAAUAGAUAUAACCAUGUAUGGCAAAACUUUUCGCAUUGUUGACUGUGACCAUUUCACACAGGUAUAUUUGGAAAGUCAAGGAAUUGAAUUAAAUCCACCAGAAAAAAUGGCUCUUGAUCCUUACACUGAACUCCGGAAACAGCCUCCUCGUAAGUACGUCACCCCAUCGGACUUUGAUCAACUUAAGCAGUUUCUCACCUUUGAUAAACAGGUUCUUCGAUUCUAUGCAAUCUGGGAUGAUACAGACAGUAUGUUUGGUGAAUGUCGGACCUAUAUCAUUCAUUACUAUCUAAUGGAUGAUACAGUGGAGAUUCGAGAGGUCCAUGAACGGAAUGAUGGGAGAGAUCCUUUCCCACUCCUGAUGAACCGUCAGCGUAUGCCCAAGGUUUUGACAGAGAAUGCAAAGAACUUCCCUCAGUGUGUGCUGGAAAUCUCUGAUCAAGAGGUGUUGGAAUGGUACACCGCCAAAGACUUUAUUGUUGGGAAACCACUCACUAUCCUUGGGAGAAAUUUUUUCAUUUAUGAUUGUGAUCCAUUUACUCGACAGUUCUACAAAGAGAAGUUUGGAAUCUCUGAUUUACCACGCAUUGAUGUGAGCAAGCAGGAACCACCUCCUGUAAAACAGGAAUUACCUCCUUACAAUGGUUAUGGAUUAAUUGAAGAUUCUGCUCAGAAUUGCUUUGCUCUUAUUCCAAAAGCUCCAAGAAAAGAUGUUAUUAAAAUGCUGAUGAAUGACAACAAGGUGCUUCGUUAUUUGGCUGCACUGGAAUCCCCUAUCCCAGAAGACAAAGACCGCCGAUUUAUCUUCUCUUAUUUUCUAGCCACUGAUAUGAUCAGUAUCUUUGAGCCUCCUGUUAGAAAUUCUGGUAUCAUUGGGGGCAAGUACCUUGGGAAGACUAGAGUUAUUAAACCAUUCUCUGAGGCAGAAAACCCCAUCUACUAUGGCCCUAGUGACUUCUUCAUUGGUGCUGUCAUUGACGUGUUUGGCCACCGAUUCAUCAUCCUUGAUAUAGAUGAGUAUGUUCUAAAAUACAUGGAGAGCAAUGCUGCCCAGUACUCACCAGAAGCACUCUCAUCAAUUCAGAACCAUGUCCGAAAGCAAGAAAUUUCUGCACCAGAACUGGAAAACAAGCAAGCUAAAGAGGAGCCAGGCAAGCAGGAACUGGAAGCCUUAAUUGACACAGUCCAGAAGCAACUGAAAGAUUAUUCAUGCAAAGAUAACAUACAUGAAGCAUUUCAAGCUCAUGACAAGGAAGCAUUAGGAUAUGUGGACAGAGAGAUGUUCUUUAAAAUCUGUGAAUCCUUUAACAUCCCAAUUGAUGACUCCUUGGUUAAGGAGUUAAUCAGGAUGUGCUCUCAUGGAGAAGACAGAAUUGACUAUUAUAACUUUGUUCGUGCUUUCUCAAACUGAUAUGGCUGAUGAGAGAAUACAAUAUAAUUUUUUUAUGUUGGAGCCACAAUUGGAAAUAUAUCUUGUAGAGCUCCUGAAGUUAUAUUUCUUUUUUGAUUAUAUUUCACUUCUCCAAAAAUCUCAAUUAAAUUGGUUUUUAUAGGAUUAGUGCCUUAUUUUGGGUGGUUGGGGUAUUGUCAUGGUUAAUUUUAUGUGUCAAUUGACUGGGACACAGACUACCCAGAUAUUUCAUCAAACAUUAUUCUGACUGUUUUUGAUUCAGAAUACAUCUGAAUUGGUAAGCAAAGCAGAUUGCCUUCCCCAAAGUGGUUGGGCCCAACUAUUCAUCUGAAGGCCUGGACAAAACAAAAUGGCUGACCCUCCCCUGAGUACUAGCAAAUUCCUCCUGCCUGACUGCCUUCAAACUCAAACUGAAACAACAGUCCUUCACCUUCAGGCCUCAGAAAGGAGCUACACCAUCGGAUGUCCUGAGUCUCAGGCAUUUGGACUCAGAUUGGAACUACACCCUCAGCUCUUGCUCAGCUCUAGUUUGCCAACUCACCUUCAGCUUAAGGAGCUUAGGCUCCAAAAUGUGAAUCAUUUCUCAUGGUAGUAAUCAUUUAUACUACUACUCAUUUCUUUCUUUGUAUAUGUCUAUACACAUACAUACACAUUCUAUUGGUUCUGUUUCUGGAAAACUGUAACAUAUAGCAUGAUUAAGGCAGGAUGAAUGAGAAUUUUCUAGAAACAUUUGGGAUAUUGAAAAUAAGUGUAUAGCAUUGCUGUUGCUGCCAGCCAGUGGCCCCCACCACUACCUACCUGCCUGUCCCGCUAUUGUAGAGAAACAUAGUAUGUGUUUUAAAAACUCUGGUUCAAGGCCCAUUAGUCAACCUGCAUUUUUAAAAAAUGGAAUAUAAAAGAUUGGUGUGGAACAAA